AUGCCUCGAGAGCUUCCGACCGAUCUCGACGAGCUGCGCGAUCAUUCCGAUAUCAUGGAGGAUGUCUGGACAACUCACAGUCCCCUCCCGGUCCCCAAAUGGUUCUCAAGUGCCGAAGUGCGCAAGGGUAUCCGUGCGAUGCUCAAACUAGACCGAUGCCAAGAAGAGGUCCACCGCCUGGGUAUAGAAGCCGACAAUCUUUGUCGGUGGUACGGACGUCAGCUGGCAGAUAUCGAGUUUGCCCUAACGCAACCAGCAGGGCAAAGUGUUGCACUCGAGCUCGUCAUCUACCGGGACCACCUGUACUCCCUCAAGGCGAGCUGGGCCAACACCUUCGCUAGCACCGUGCGGUUUGACGCGCAGAUUGCGGCCUCCAAAGUCGUCGCACCUGUUGACCAUCCGGCCCCUCUUCGAUGGAUCACGCCCACAGUUUCAGCAUUCGAGCCAGCCACUCAGCACGACCCGUUGCCGCCUCCAGAUCACGAACCUGCGCUCGAUACCACACCUAUCCUUGAUGACGAAGAGAUCUAUGGAGGAUAUGAGCCACCGCGCAAGGUUUCCAAGCCCAAGUUCACGUACUUAUGGGCCAGUCCUCCCGGUAUCCUUCGCGACGACGACGUCUUCGACCUGCUCGGCUCUCUACCAGCCUCAAUCCCAGACACAGAGCACUGUAUUCGACAAACCGGCGCUCGCAUCGGUGUUCGGAAAGGGCUCAUUGAGGAAAUACUUACCUUCGUCAAUCAUCUCGUGCACGCAGCAGAGAUUCAUCAACAUCGCAUCGGUCUUGGGGCAGGGGAGCACUGGGAAAUUAACCCAGCCAGUACUCGAGAGCUGCAGGAGGAUUCUAUCAGUGGGGGGUUAUGGGUUCUUGCGCAGAUUGCUGCGAUCUUGAGGGGGUUCCACACAACGCAACUCGCACAGGUGCACUUGCCGGCGUUCCGCGCGUUCGUUUAUCACCACAUGCUUUUGAUACCUCGCAAACCUAUGUAA